AUUGGCCGCUGUCUGCGCUGACGUCACGAUCAUGAUGAGAAUUAAUGAUCGGAGGCGCUGAUUUCAUUGUGUGACGCCGGGACCGACCCAGCCGAAACCGGCUGAAUCCGGAGCCCCCCGGACCAACUCCGCCCGUCCCGCAGAGCACGAUGAAUCUGCGUUCUGUAUUUACUGUAGAACAACAAAGGAUAUUACAGCGUUAUUAUGAAAAUGGAAUGACAAAUCAAAGUAAAAAUUGCUUUCAGCUCAUAUUACAGUGUGCACAAGAAACUAAGCUGGACUUCAGUGUAGUCAGGACUUGGGUUGGCAAUAAAAGAAGAAAGAUGAGCAGCAAGAAUGUUGCAGAAUCUGGAGGCACCCCACCAAGGACUGUUCCUAGCACCCCUACAGUGCCUCCAGAAGUAGCAGUCAGAAAUGUGGUAAACAUUGCUCGAUCCCAAAGCCAGCAGUCUUCUUGGACAUCAUCUAACAACGAUGUAAUAGUAACUGGUAUAUAUAGCCCAGCUAGUUCAUCCAGCAGGCAGGGAUCCACGAAACAGACUAAUGCUUCAAUGACUGAGAUACAUAAAAACUCUAUUCAGAGACAACCUGGAAAAAGUGAUACAGAAUUUCAGCAGCAGCAUAUCCCUGUAGGACGACAAGUAUCACAUUGUAAAGGUGCUUCGCUGCUCCUGGGGGAAAAAACUAUUAUUUUGUCAAGACAAACAAGUGUGUUGAAUUCUGCAAACUCCAUAUACAAUCAUACUAAGAAAAAUUAUGGUGGUUCAUCGGUCCAGACUGCAGAGUUAGUGUUACCUCAAAAGCCAAUAAUAUGCCACAGGCCAUGUAAAGCUGAACCAGUGGGGUGUCAGAGGUUACACAAACCAGAACACACAGCCUUUGCAUCACACAUCCCAUCUGGACAAAGAGCUAAUGUUCGAGACCCUUCUUGUAGCACACAAAACUUGGAAAUUCGUGAAGUUUUUUCCUUGGCAGUUACUGAUCAAUCUCAAAGAAUUAUGGGAGGAAAUACAACACAGAAGCCUUGUUCGGUCGAGGGCAGUUGCCUGUCCAUUGCAAUGGAAACAGGAGAUGCUGAUGAUGAAUAUGCUAGAGAGGAAGAGCUUGCAUCUAUGGGAGCACAAAUACAAAGUUAUUCAAGGUUUUGUGAAAAUAGCAGUUCCCUUCGAGUGGAGAACCAAAGCACAGCUUUGUCUGGACCAGGCAGAAGUAUGAGCUGCAGUUCACAGAUGGUGAAUUCCAGGGACUUGCCUGACAAUGUAUUAUAUCAUAACAGAGACUACCGCUUGCCUCCACGGACCUCAUUACAUACACCAUCCAGUACACUGUAUAGUACUGCUAAUCCAUCAAGAAGUAACUUUUCUCCUCAUUUUACAUCUUCAAAUCAACUGAGGCUGUCGCAAAACCAAAACAACUACCAGAUUUCAGGAAACCUUACUGUGCCUUGGAUUACAGGGUGUUCCAGAAAAAGAGCACUACAGGACCGUACACAGUUUAGUGACCGAGAUUUAGCCACUCUCAAGAAAUACUGGGACAAUGGCAUGACCAGCCUGGGCUCAGUCUGCAGAGAAAAAAUUGAAGCUGUUGCUGCAGAAUUAAAUGUUGACUGUGAAAUAGUGCGGACUUGGAUUGGGAAUCGAAGACGAAAAUAUCGUUUAAUGGGAAUUGAAGUCCCACCGCCUAGAGGAGGCCCUGCUGAUUUCUGUGACCAUCCUGAAUCUGGUGCUAAAUCAGCACUUACUCCAGGAGAGGAAACUGCUACUGAAGUGGGAGAUGAUAAUGAUAGGAAUGAUGAAGUAUCAAUCUGCUUAUCUGAAGGAAGUUCACAAGAAGAAAGCAGUGAAGUUAUUCAAAAUGAAGAAAUUGGUCACAAAGAAGAGGACCAAAAUACAUUAUCUGCAGAUAAUGUGAAAAUCGAAAUUAUAGAUGAUGAAGAAAGUGAUAUGAUUAGUAAUUCUGAAGUGGAUCAGAUGAGCUCUCUUUUGGAUUAUAAGAAUGAAGAAGUUAGGUUCAUUGAAAAUGAAUUGGAGACUCACAAACAGAAAUAUUUUGAACUACAGACAUUCACUAGGAGCUUGAUACUUGCUAUCAAAUCAGAUGAUAAAGAACAGCAGCAGGCACUGCUGUCAGAUUUACCUCCUGAAUUAGAAGAGAUGGAUUUCAAUCACACAUCUCCAGAGCCUGAUGAUACCUCAUUCAGCUUGUCGUCUUUAUCAGAGAAAAAUGCCUCGGACAGUUUGUGAUCUUUGGAGAAAAAAAAUAUAUAUAUACACACACAAUGCUUAAACUGCCUAACAGAUGUGCAUUUCAAGAUAACUGCAUUUUGUUACCUGAUAUCAUUCAGUCAACAAAAACCUGGGUAAACUAGGCAGACCUUGCUGAAGGGUGAAUGUGAUGUGAUAUGACUGCAACUUGCAGUGACAAGGAAUAUGGAACUUUGGUUUUGGCAAGUGAGAAAGCUACAUGGGAAGAAGUUUUAGUUUUUAGCAUCACAGCCUUGAUUAGGGUCAUUUAUAAUUUUCCAAAAUAAUUCUUGCUUUGUAGUAAAAUCUAUUCUGAGCAGGGAUCCUAGAGUGGAAAAUAAACGUGCAGUUACACAGCUAGGUAACAUUUCAACAUUGCUUGUCAUGUAAGACUUACCAGUCCUGUUUAUUGUGACCAUUGCCUUUUCCCUUGCUCCUUCUUACUCAGGUAGGUGGACUGAAAAUUGGGAAUCCAGAUGGAAAAAUGAGAUUGUUAUGGGCAAAUGGGCAGAGUUGUUCUUGGACCCCUGAAAAAAUCUGAAUUAGAAAAUUAAACUUUAAGGUGCUUAUUGGUAUAUAAGAGCAAAUUAUUGAGUCUCCCAUUAUCUGAUAAAAAUGUCUGAAAAACACUUGGAAGAUGAAGUGAAUAAGUUUAAUUUGCUUCAAUAAAUUACUAAUGUACAGAAGCAGACCUAAAUGUUGUAAACUGUUAGGCUUUUACUGGAAACUCUUGAUUGCUGGAGAAGGCAACUGUUUCUGGUAUUAUUACUAUAGUGAUGGGAUUAGAUAAUGUUACACCACUAUUUAGAGUUUUACCAUCAUAGUGAUGUUUUUAUUUCACUUCAUUUUAUAAAACUUGAACAGUAAAGGCUCUGGUUCAUGAAGAUUCAGGAAUCAGCUACAUAGAUUUGCUACAAACCAGACUCCAUUUCAUUGCAACAGUGCUGUCAGCCAAGGACAGUUUUUUCAUCCCAUCUCCCUCCGAAGCUGUUUUAAUGUUGGAAACUGAGACCCACAAAUUUCGUCAGUGUGAUUCAGUGACUAAUUAGCCCAAUUUAACACAUUGUGUCAUUCCACCAGCAGACUCCAGGUGCUGACAAAGAAUAAAUUUAGCUGAAGUUUCUAAACUGCAUGUCUGAUAGCUUUAGCCACUCUCUGCUAAUUUAUCCUUUCUCACCGCUCAUUCAUACUAAAUCUCACAUCUUGUUUGAAUAAAUACGUUCACCCUGACAGAUUCAAAUAAGGUCAGUAUGGUACAUAGUAUUGUGGCAUACAGCUAGAACUUGGUAAUUUCUAGUGUGAACAUUUACAAACCGGCCUCACUAAAACCUUAGGUCACAUCAGCUUGAGAGCUAGAUUCUUUCACCCUUACGCUGAAUGGUACUUUAUUCUGUGAGUAGUACCACUGAAAUUAAUGAGACUAUUUACUGUAUAAUGGGUGUAAGGUUUGAACAAUCUGGUCUUUCUAAAUAAAAACAGUCUUAAGUGUCCAAAAAGAGGAAAAUCCAUGCAGAGUUUGCACCCUCUGUCCAUCUUCUCUCUUAAACUGAAUUCCUGUUCCCGGGUGUUAAAGAAACUGCUGUCAGCAUUUUUUCUGAGGGACAAAUGUAUUCUAUCAUAAAUAUGCUGUUAGUGUAUUAACUUCGUUCCAGCCCUAAAUCUGACAGUCAUUUCAACCCCGUACUGUGAGAAACAAUCACUGUACUGUAUUUAAAUAUAUUAUACAUUUAAUUUACAUUACUAUACACCCUUAGAUAAUAGGCGUGAUUUAUUAUAGGUUUUCUGCUCUGGGUUAUUAACUGUACUAUUUCUAGACAGGAAGAUCCUGCAACUGACAAUAAAACCUCAUGUUUUCAGUAAGCUUUAUUGAAGAAAUUUAAAAUGUGGUGUCUAGCCCUCGUGCUCCACAACUUGGAGCUUAAUUCCAUUACUUCUCCUUGACAUGGGAUGGCAAAAGGAAGCAUCUUCUUAAAGCUAAUUCUUAAUUUUGUGGUCUAUGAAUCUUUUUGCAAUUUCACCUUUUACACUAGUAGCCAAGUAGAAUUUUAUCACUGCCAUGAGUAAUUUUGUAUUGUUCUGACUUGCUUUUUUCCUGACAUGACAUCGAACUAAAUCAGGAAGUUCAGAUUGGAUGAACUGUGCCAAAAACAAACCUAUACUCAGUAAACUAGAAUUCUGGUUCAUGAUAUACACUUAAAAUCCUAGGCUCCACACUCCUUGGCUAGAGUCUGUACUGAGUGUUUCCCUUUGAGCAAAAUAUGCUUUGACACUUUCUUCAAUAUAGGAUAACAGAGCAUUUAUAAUAAAAUAGUCAUGCUGUCACAUCCAGAAACAAUCAGCAGCAACGUAGGAUGAUCAAGAAGAAAUACUGAAUAUGAAGUAUGUUCCUAUGUAAGAUGCUCUAUAGAGCUGUACUGUACAGUUUUUUGAGUACCUCCAUGCUUCUCCUCAAAAUAACCUUUAUCCAUAAUACCUGCAACAUGGAAAAACAAAACAAAAAACUCUUAAUGGUGAGUUAUUACCAGUGCUAGUUAAAAACAUUGAGGAAAUACAGAUUUACAGGACAGAGGCUGCAGAACAGCAGACUUGCUUUUCUACUGCACAGUAUGGUAAAAACUUGGAAGAAUAAUUAUCUUUGAAAAUCAUGAAUGGCCAUUUCUGAAUAUUGCAUUCCAGCCAUUCUCUGUCACCACAUGUGUCUCAUGGCUUCAUGAUUUGAUGUUCUGUUCUCCAGAAAGACAGCUAGAUAUAAUAAUUAAGUUCACAGGGUCAGAUCAGUAAACAUGACAUCAACAAGUCCCCCUAUGUCUCUGUCCAAUUCUUCAUUUGCUGCCCCCUUUCUCUUGGCAUCUGGUUGGGGAGCAGUGCUUAUCUAGGAAGGUGCACAUACUCUUCAUAUUAAAUGUUUGUGGAUGGUAAGGUUGGAAGGUCCUUCUGCAGUUCUGCGAUCAAACACAGGGCUAUGGUCUUGGCCAGAUUCAGUCCUGAACUCAAUGGGUGCAUCUUCUAUUGACUUAAAUAAUAGGGAAUUGUGACCAUAGAGGAUAGGGCAGAAUUUGGUCCUAUGACCUCAUAUUGUCCAUCCAUACUUCCAGUUAAAUUUGUCUUGAUAACUAGCUGAUGUGUCUAAUGCCCAGAAGAGAACAUGUUGAUAUUUGUCUCCUGAAUGAAUUCUAGGUAUUCUUUAGCUGACAAAAAGCAAUGAUGGCUCUGUUGAUCUUGGACGUUUUUAGGGUUUUGGUUUACAAUUAUUUCCUCUGUUCAUAGGUAGAUGAAUUAGCGUCUAAUGUGCUUUCUUUAUCUUCCACUGCACUAUAGAUUGCAAGGAGGAUUUAUUUUUCAUAAAAAAUGGGAGAAAUAAUCAUAGCUGGUACUAUGGUACCACAGAGGAGGCAUUAAAGCAGCCAUUUCACUUCUUUGGAUCAUAAAGUUAAACCACAGAUACAGCAAGAGUGCCAUGAGUUAAAGAACCUUCCACCAACUUCCUGCUUUGUCAGUGAGGGAUGACUUCAGUGACAUUGCUUAUUCCUGACACAUGUUUUGCAACAUGGAUUAUAGAAGACUAUAUCCUACUUGGAGAAAGUCUAACGUGAAAAAAGACAGUUGAUAACAGACAUGCAUUUUAAAUCAGCAAUAAGGUGCUAUCUCCCUGUAGGGAGAAAUGAAAGUAUGUCUCAUGCUCAUCAACUUGCUAUACAUAGGGAAAGUUGUACCCUUGAGGUACUGCAUGUCUUAAUUUCCUGAAAAUGUUUCCUGUAGUGCCUGCAGUGCUAACAGGAGUGAGUAGUAAUGAAUAUUUCUAGUCAGUAAAUUAAGCAGAUAUGGCUUUAAGUACACAUGGAGAACUGAUCUAUUAAGAAGGUGUUUUGCUUUUCUUAAGUAAUCACUUUUGUGUCUGGAAUUGGACUUUAAUAUUAAAGUACCUUUUGUGUGACUGAAGUCAGUACUAAAAAUGAUAAGAAAAACAAGAGCUCCUUGGAAACCAAGUGGGGAGCAAAAUAAGGAGAUAAACCAAAAAUGUAACAU